GAAGCUUCGAAUAAAGCUCUUAAUAUUGUAAUUUACGAUUUUAAAAGAAGUUUUUAACAGAAGGAAAGUGAUGGUGCUAUGUAGUAAUUAGUUUCCCAUUUACUUCGUUUUUUUAUAAAUGCGGUGUGCAUUUUUUGUGAAGUAAUUUCAUUUUUUCUAUAUUUUUGAUGAGAUUUUUCUAACCAUGUAGUUAUGUUACGUGAUAUAUAAAUAUUUACACAUACACAGCUGUAUUUAUACGUAUAAUUUUUCUAAUUGUUGUAAAGUUUUAAUGAAAAUCAGCAAUAUAUUGCAAAAUGAACAACGGAUUCAGUACUGGCGAGGAAGAUUCUAGGGGCCCUACAGAUCAAAUAUGCUGUUUAGUGGAUGAUUCGGAACAUUGUCAAAGACCCGCGGGUAAUGCCUCUUACAGCAAACGUAUACAGAAAACAGUUACACAAAGGCGGUUGAAGUUAAAUAUAGAUAGUCAGGCUAGGCACAUUUAUAUAUGCGAUUACCAUAAAGGGAUAAUACAAUGUGCAAGAACAAAACGAAGACGGAAGGAUUCUGAAGAUGAUAGUAAUGAGACUGACACAGAUUUACCUGAAGUUGAUUUAUAUCAAUUACAAGUAAAUACAUUAAGAAGGUACAAAAAAUAUUACAAAGUUUCUACCAGGCCAGGAUUAAAUAAAGCCCAGUUAGCAGAUCAUAUAAUGAAGCAUUUUAAGUCAAUACCUAUCAAAGAGAAGGAAAUAUUAACAUAUUUCAUUUAUAUGGUCAAGACAAAUGGAAACAAACUGGAUCAAAAGAAUGGAUUGUGCGCAGAUGUAACAUCUUGAGCUGCUGUUAUCAAGACUAUUUUCCAUGAUUCGUACUGCUUGGUCUAGCAUUAUAUUUUAAAAAGAGCGUAUUAUUAAUAAUUUUUUG